CCAAAGCAAGCCCUGUGUACUUCACGAUGGCUUCGCCUCAACUCUACACCAUAUCCGUCCCAGAUGCCGCGAUCGAGAAGCUGAAGCGAAAGCUCGCAGACGCCGACUUUCCAGACGAGCUCGAUGCACCAACACAAUGGCCCUACGGCUCUCCUUUGGCAGAUGUUAAACGUCUCGCCAAACACUGGGAGACCAAGUUCUCGUGGCGCGACGUCGAAGCCAAGCUAAACGAACUACCCAACUAUCGCCAAAGCAUCAAGGUGGACAACUUCGAUCCUAUCGAUCUGCACUUUCUCUGGAAGAAGAACUCGAACCCAAAUGCGAUCCCAUUGCUGUUCGUCCACGGCUGGCCAGGCUCAUUCUUAGAGGUCACCAAAAUGCUCCCACUCCUCGAGCAAGGCGAAAAAGACGGUGGUCCCGCAUUCCACAUCAUCGCCCCUUCGCUCCCAAAUUUCGGCUUCAGCAGUCGCGUCACAAAGCCCGGGUUCGCACUCUCGCAGUACGCAGAGACGUGUCACCGCCUGAUGCUGCACUUGGGCUACCACAAUUACGUGACGCAAGGCGGAGACUGGGGAUUCUACAUCACCCGCGUCAUGGGCGUGUUGUACCCAGACCACGUCCUGGCAAGCCAUAUCAACAUGAUUAGAGCGCAGCCACCGAGCCUCGCGUCUCAGCCUGCGCUGGCGCUGCAGCAUGCGUUGACGCCGUACACCGAGGCAGAACAGAGGGGCAUCGAGCGCUCCGACUGGUUCAUCGAUCAGGGGCAGGCGUAUCGCAUUUUGCAGGCGACGAAGCCGCAGACGCUGUCGUAUGCGUUUGCGGAUAGUCCUGUUGCGCUGCUGGCUUGGAUCUACGAGAAGCUGCACGAUUGGACGGAUGACUAUCCGUGGACCGACGACGAGAUAUUGACGUGGAUCAGCAUCUACUGGUUCAGCACGAGUGGGCCCAACGCACAUGUCAGGAUCUACUACGAGGCGCAGCACAAUGCGACAGAGCAGGUGCCCAACAGAGAUCGUGCGAGCCAAUGGGUCGGUAAGGUGAAGCUGGGUCUCGCGCACUUCCCGAAGGAGUUAUCAGUGAUACCGAGGAUCUGGGGCAAGACUCUCGGUCACAUUGUGCUCGAAAGCACGAAUGACAAGGGAGGGCAUUUCGCUGCUUGGGAGAGGCCGGAUGCCAUCGUUAGGGACCUGCAGGAUAUGUUUGGGAAGAAGGGAGAGUGCUACAAGAUAGUGCCUGGCAAGAGUGGCUUUUGAUGAACAGGGAGGGAAACGGAUGCAAUGAAAUUGUGGUUUUGUUUGGCUCCGGUCUAUCGUUUUCAAAUAUCUCAUGACACGCUUAGUCGCAGAUAAUUUGCUUGGUGCAUGUCACUGAUUGGAAGAGUACUGUGUGACAUCGGAUUCGUGGAUACAUACAAUUGGUGUGUGAAAAGUAAGGUCAAUAGACCCGAAGGACACUGCCCCAUGCGGC